AUGGCGUCUAUGGAUGCCUUCGGAUCGUCCUUUGAGCCCAGCCGGAGUCCCAAAGGGUGCGCUGCUCACACGCUCAAUCCCGUCGCGGAGACUGCCGGCUGGCCGGCGGUCAUCUCAGUCCCUGAAAAUGGUACUGCAGCAGCACCAGCCAGACCCGGUCCCCCUCUGGCCGGCCUCUGGACGGCUGUCUUCGACUACGAUGCGGGCGCAGAGGAUGAGCUCAGCCUGCGGAAAGGAGACCUGGUAGAGGUCCUGUCGAAAGACUCGCUCGUCUCCGGAGAUGAGGGCUGGUGGACGGGCAUGAUUGAGGACCGUGUCGGUGUUUUCCCCUGUAAUUAUGUGAGCACCAGCAAUGGCAUCUCAGAGAAACUCCGGGACGCGACCUCCGAGGAUUACACACAGUGCCCCGUGCCACCACUUCACGUGCUGGAGGUCGAGUUCUCCGAGCUCACCCUGGAGGAGAUCAUCGGGGUGGGCGGUUUCGGCAAGGUCUACCGGGCGCUGUGGCGCGGCAUGGAGGUGGCGGUGAAGGCGGCGCGCCGCGACCCGGACGAGGACGCGGCGCAGACGCUGGAGAGCGUGCGGCAGGAGGCCAAGCUCUUCGCCAUGCUGCGCCACACCAACAUCAUGUCGCUGCUUGGCGUCUGCCUGACGGAGCCCAACCUGUGCCUGGUGAUGGAGUUCGCCCGCGGUGGGCCGCUCAACCGCGCCCUGGCCGGGAAGCGCAUCCCGCCGCACACGCUGGUGGACUGGGCCGUGCAGGUGGCCCGCGCCAUGCUCUACCUGCACUGUCAGGCCCUGGUGCCCAUCAUACACAGAGACCUCAAGUCCAGCAACAUCCUGAUCCUGGAGAGGGUAGAGAACGAGGACCUGACCAACAAGACGCUGAAGAUCACCGACUUCGGCCUGGCACGCGAGUGGCACCGCACCACCAAGAUGAGUGCGGCGGGCACCUACGCCUGGAUGGCCCCCGAGGUCAUCCGCUCCUCCACCUUCUCCAAGGGCAGCGACAUCUGGAGUUAUGGCGUGUUGCUAUGGGAACUGUUGACAGGCGAGGUGCCGUUCCGAGGCAUUGACGGUCUGGCCGUGGCGUAUGGAGUGGCCAUGAACAAGCUGGCUCUGCCCAUCCCUUCCACCUGCCCCGAGCCCUUCGCCCGCCUCUUAGAGGACUGCUGGAACCCUGACCCCCACUUACGGCCCACCUUCACCACCAUCCUGGACCAGCUGACGGCCAUCGGGGAGUCUGGCUUCUUCGAGAUGCCGGUCGACUCCUUCCACUCGCUGCAGGACGACUGGAAGCUGGAGAUCCAGGAGAUGUUCGAUCAGCUCAGAGCCAAAGAGAAGGAGCUGCGCUCAUGGGAGGAGGAGCUGAGCCGGGCUGCGCUGCAGCAGAAGUGCCAGGAGGAGGCGCUCAGGAGGCGCGAGCAGGAGCUGGCCGAGCGUGAGAUUCACAUCCUGGAGCGCGAGCUCAACGUCAUCAUCAGCCAGCUGUACCAGGAGCGCCCGCGCGUCGAGCAGCGUCAGGGAAAGUUCCGCUGCAGCCGCCUCAAGCUGCGUGACGGCAACCGCAUCAGCCUGCCCUCAGAUUUCCAGCAUAAGAUCACAGUUCAGGCCUCUCCCACUCUGGAUCGGAGGCGGAGCAUUUUGGGCAGCAACUCCACCCCCCCAACCAGCCCUCCCAUCCUGCCUCGUCUGCGAGCCAUACAAUUGACCCCAGGCGACGGCAGUAAGGUGUGGGGCCGCAACGCUGCGUUCCAGCAGGAUGAGGAUGAGGACAGAAAGAGCUCCCGUAAAAAAGGACGCACACGUGGCCCCGUACCCCAGCGGGAGCACAGCGCUGACGAGAGCACAAAGACCCCUAAGGAAAUAGGUGGGAGCAGACAGAGGUCAUGUAGUGCCCCAAACCUGCGCCGCUCUCCCCGUCACAGCCCAGCAGUGCCUGGGGUGCCCAGCCUGGCAGAGACAGAAAACGAAGAUUCCUGCUUCCCCUCUGACUCCCCGGGGGGCGGAGCCUCCCCCAGCCAAUCUUACCUCUGCAUCCCCUUCCACCGGGAGGGCACUGCGGUCGCCGACGGCUACGGUGCUGGUGCCGGUGCCGGUGCUGGGACGGAACUAGGGGUGUGCAGCCCCGCGCGGGAGGGGGGUGGUUGCUCGGGCUCGUCCACCCGCCACCACAGCCCCGGUGUGGGCCGCCGCUCUGACCUAAUGCUGCUGGGCUGUGGGGCCAUCCUGGCCGCCGUGGGCCUCGGCUUCAACCUGCUGGAUCUGGGCUCCACACCCAGUGCCGGUCCUUCACAGACCCCUGUGGAGAGUAGUGGGAGUGGGGGAGGCAAAACUCGCUGGGAGGGUCUUUUCCACCGCGGAGGUGGCGGAGGCCAGAGGCGCAGUACGAGUCCUCCGACGCGCAAGCUCUUCAAACGGGGGAGCCCCCUGCGUGCUGCUCCUCCUCCUCCUCCUCCUCCUCCUCCCCCACCUCCUCCUCUGGCGGCCAUCCCUCCAUCGCUCACGCUUCUCUCCAUCUCGUCUGUGUCCGACUGCAACUCCACACGUUCGCUCCUGCGCACCGACAGCGAGGAGCUGCUGGUCUACCGGCCCGCUACUCCUCCUCCUCCCCAACCACCACCUCCCCAGCCCCCAUUUGUACCCUCACCCCAAACCCGGCUGGUGUUCUCGCCCCGACCGGCCCUCACCAGCCCCCCUCCGCCCAACCCCCUGGUCAACACACACCUGGAGAGCUUCAAGAAGAACCCGCGCCAAUCGCUUACACCAACGCACGUGCCCGUCAGCGUCCAUGCCACUCGCGGGUUGCACCGGACCCCCUCCGACGGGGCCAUCAAGAAGAGAUGCCCCCCCUCCUCAUCUAACAACAACAAUGGCCACCACCUACAGCAUACAAAGGCUGAUAAUGCAGAAGUCAUGAAUCUGGUAUCUUUCUUUUCAUCUUCCCCCCAACACACACACACACAAACACACACUUUUGCAGUGUCUGGGGGACAGUGGUGUAUGAGAGAGGACAUCUCAGAGGUUCCACGGUUACCCGACCCAAACUUGGUCUUCCCUCCCACUCCUCGUCGCCGUUGCCAACCAGAGCGCCCCAAGACGCUGGACUUCCUGGUAAGGCCCCGCCCCUCUCCACGGAUUCGCAGUGAGGCGCCGCGGGGCGACUCCCCUGGUGGGCGGGGCCGGGGAGAAUCACCCAUUCACACCUCCAGCACAGAGACUCCACCCACGGUGGAGUUUGAAGGCGGUGCCGUCGUUCCUCCAACCCCUUGCUCCCCCUGGGUAAAUGACAGCCUGCUGGACCAACGAGAUGAGGUCCAGUGUCGGGAUGGAACCAUCCCACUGUGCAAACCUGAAUCCUCAUUGGCCAGAGACUCUCCCUACCGCGUACGACCAGGCUUCUGGUCAUAACUGUACCUACUAGUAACCCUAUAAGUACUUUUUAAGAAUUCCUAUGUAUCACAGAGCACGUCUAGACCUUUCUACUCCAGAAGAGGAGUAGAAAGAGAGAGCAAGAGGAAGAGAGAAUCACCACUUGAAUGCUACCCUCCACUGAAAGUAUUUCUAUGCCUUUCAAUCUGUUGGGACUGGUUGAACAAGGACUAGUUUUCUUUGUUUUGGUUGAUUACAGGCCAACACUGAGGCCGAGUAUAGUAAAGUUAGUGAGCACAGUAUAUUUGUCCUGAUUUCCCCUGUAGUACGAGCACUGCACUACUGGAUCCAGUUAGCACCACCUCAAUGAGGUCUGACGUAAUGCCACUUUAAAGGUGCAGUAUAAAGUUUGAAUUGUGUCUAAAACAAUAAUGUCUAUGAACAUAUACUGUGGCAACCAUGUAAAUAUGGAGCUCUAUUGAAGACAGUUGUCUCCAAAUAUUCCUGUGCAUUCUGUGCAUGUUGUGUAUGUAUUCUUCAGGUUUUGUCCUUGUUGAAGAUAUCCUAUCCCCUGAAACAAAAUCUAAGCUGAAGGACAACAUGGACAACUCCUGAAACAAUGAAGGAAUAGAACUCAUAAUUUGAAUGCACAUGAAUAUUUGGAAUGAUUAUCAAUUCAUUGUUUAUUCAGAAAUGUAGCAUUAUGGUCGGUCUAGAAUUUUUUUUAUUUUUGACAACACGAACUACACAUUGCACCUCUAAGGCUGUCGGGUCAGAGUUAUGCAACACAGGUGGGGACUCUUAUUCAGUUUUUUAGCCUGUGUCUGUAUGUGUGGGUGAUUUGAAAUUGAUUGAUUGAUUGAUUCAUUGAUUGAUUGAUCGAUCAAUUGAUUCAUUGAUUGAUUCAUUGAUUGGUUGAUUUGUUGUGUGAUUGUGUCAAGGUCGUUUCAAGUAGACAUCACUUGCUAUUGGUGUUGUCACACAAACACAUGCACACACAGCCUUCCAUGGGUAAGAUUACCCACCCUUGUCCUGUAACAAAGUUGCACCACACAUAUUGCAAAGCAUGCUCUAUUUUAGCAUUUGGAUGUGUUAAUAAUGCCAGUUACCUCAUGUCUGGUUAGGUAUGAACGUGUUACGUGCUAUUUAUGCCAAGUCCUCAAGCAGUGUGCCGGCAUUACGUCAUGCCUCAGUGAGCCAAGGCUUGCAUUUGUAUCUGCACCGUAUGCACAGCUGCACCGCUAGUGAUUGUUUCAGUGGUCCCAAAGGCUGUCUCCGAUUGGCUGCCAGCACGCAGAGGAAGUGAUGUCACUGUUGUUUUACAUGUUUACUUCAUGAUUGUGCAUCUUUUUUUUACCUGGACUACAAAAAAAAAAGUGCAUUUCUUUGUCAGCAUCAUGAAUGUAACAGGUUUCUUUUUUUAAACCAUGACAAGUUGCGUUUUGUAAAGCAUCUCGAUUCUGUUUUCUGAGGGCCUAGUUCCGAACCUGGCCCCAUGCUGAAUGUCAUCACACCUUUUUUCACCUUGUGUCAAAUGCACUCCGAUUCACCUCUGUGCGCCCGGUUACCAUUCUGUCUAUCUAACAAACACACACACACACACACACACACACACACACACACACACACACACACACACACACACACAGACCCUUGACGUGGGGAAACAGAUGUGUCUAACUGACACAGAGAUCCGACGUGAGAUGUCCUGAAGCCCCAGCGGAGCUGCGAGGCUGUCUGAAUGCUGUCUCGUCUGUCAGACACGCCGUCUGACAAAAUGCGCUCCCACUGUGCUCCCUGCGAUGCGCUCAGCUGCAACGCGUUGGCUGCUGCUGAAAACAAAAAACACACACCAGACACCGGGAACAACUCCCAAAGACUCUUGACCGACUCCCAACACACUGCUGCACUUGCCAGGCUGGACAGAGACUGUUUGGACAAACUGUGUGUGAGAGUGUGUGUGAACGCCCAGGCCGCAUGCAGUGUAGCUGCAGAUAAGUAGGAAACAAAACAGCCCAGGAGGCAUGAGACUUAUUGUUUGCAAACAUAUUUAUGUAUUUAUGUAUUUAUCUAUUUAAUAAUUUAUUCCUUCACUUCGUUUUUAUCUUAAUUUAUUUUUUUAUAUUUAUUGUUAUUCUUGCCUUCAUUAUUUUAUAAGCCACAAAGCCGACACAAAGAUGUUUACAUUUUUUGCGUUGAUAAUGGACUGCAGACAUAACAUUAUUUUGCUUCUCUGUGUUACUAAUUGGGAAGAUUCAAAGAAGAGGGUUUUGUCUGAAAAACAGACAGGGUCCCCAAAGACAUGCAAAACAAGGAGAAAAAAACAAAACGCCAUUCCUUUUGUACGGCAUGACGGAUGAACUGCUAAUAGUCUUUUUAAGUGAUUCCCUGAGAGGACUUUGACGGACCAUGCAAACGCUUCUGCCUUCCUGAACGAGCAAAUCUAGAUAAUGUGAAUACUUCAGUCAUGUGAAUCUUUGCGAUCUGUGGGUGCAAGCCAGCCUGGCGCUACACAAGAGAGAUCACCCACUGAUUGAUCGCCGUGAUUGGUUUCAUUGAUUUGACCUUGUAAGAGGGGUCAUGUAGGGGGCAGUGUUGUGAGGCGGAGGACUGUGUUUGUGGGUGGGACUGACAUGCUGUACUUGGACCUGUGUUUGCACCAGAGCACAUAGACUUGUUGAAAAUCAUAGUAAAAUACCUGAAACAA